AUGGGUAAUGUUGCCGCAAACGCAGGGGCAAAAAUGGGGGUAUCCCGAUCUCCGAGCCCUAGGAAUGCCGAAUCUUGUUUACAUGACGUCUGGUACCUGUACCUGCGGGGAGUGUUGAUCCUCCUGGAAUUGGUUGAGCGCGACUAUUUGUUUACUUUGAUCGACAAGUUGACCACUACAUCUCAUCCGAAGAAUGUGAGAGCACAAACGUCCACGAAUCAACUACAGGAUAUGCUCAGACUCCUAGAAAAGGAGUCGGAUUGUUCAAUGCUUUGUUUGGAGCUCGAAAAGGGUAUAAAGCCAGCUUCAAUCUCUGGCAAUCCAUCCUCGAAAUCAACAACUCAACAGACGACAACUCGCCAACAACCGCCACCUUCCAAGCCGACAUCGAUUCAGCCGAAUAACCUUCAGUCUUCACGUAUCAAGAUGCAGUUCACUCUCCAGGCUCUAUCCGUCCUCGCGGCCUCUCUCCUCUUCUCCGCUGUCUUAGCUGCUCCUCAAUGCCAGCCUGGAAACGCCUGGCCUGACGUCCACGACUGCCACAACUUCUUCGAAUGUGCCGCUGGCGGCAUCCCAGUCCUCAAGUCCUGCGGUCCCGGCACGGCUUACUGCCCCGUCACCGGUGUCUGCGACUACGAAUUCAAGAUCCCCUCUUGCCACCCCCGCGGCGCCAUCCCCAAGGGUCCUGAGCAUCCCGAGAUCCCUGAGGGCUGGGGCUUCCCUGGUGCCCACGGCCGCAUGGGUCACUAA